AAUAUUUUAUAACAAGUGGAAUGGCCUCGCAAAAUUGUAAUAAAAUUAUGGCAGAAUAUUUAUCUGGAAAUUGGCAGAAAUUCUUUAAAAUCUGGAAUUCAUCAUUUCCAUUAGACUUGAAAGAAUCCAUUGAAUAUAAAAUAAUGACAUUAAAAUUGAGAGUUCAUUAUGCUAUUUUACCAAUACGCAUUGUUCAACUGCAUCAGAAUAUCAAUUGUGUUUCCAAUUGCUCAAGUAAAGUGUCCCAAAUUUUGGAGAAUUUUGUUGAUAAAUAUAUAACAAUUAGCAAUGAAAAGGAGUUUGAUGAUGAACAAGAUAACAUAGCAGUUGAUAAUAUGAAGCAAUUGGAAUAUUUUAUAAAAUCUAUCGAUGGACAAAAAUUGAUAAUGGAAUUGAAAGAUAGCUCAUUUAUGACACUCUUUACUUUACCAAAUAUUGUUAAUCCAGAAGAAGAUGAAUCUAUGAGUCAUAUAUUUAGCAUUGAUUGGCUCGAACAACUAACUAUAGAAAUAGAAAAAUUUGUACAGGCAUUUUUUCAGAACGAGAGUCUUUUAUACAAACAACAAUUACAAGUCUUUCGCCAUCUUUUAUCUACAAAUGUAAAUAAAUGUAGAGAUGUACCUGUAAUAAGAACUCUGCCAUUAACGAGUAAUAAUUUUUCUGAUAAUGCGAUUAAACACGUAAAUAAAUUUACUAAAUGUAAGAGCAAGUCAAUAUCGAAAGAUCAAAUUAUUUAUUCAGCUAUUAAAAAUAAUCAAAUAGAAGAUUGGGCUGUACAUUACGCCAAUAGAACUGAAGAUGACAAUUUAAGUACAAACAAGAGUACCCAAACACUUAUAAGCGCUAUUGAAACUGACAGUGCAUUAAUGAGUGAACCAUGUCAUAUAUCAAAUGUAGUAACUUCUAGUAUUGUCACUGCUGACAAACCCUCCAUAAAUAAUGAUGAGCUUAAUAUAAUAAAAUUGCGUUUGUUCAAUCUUCACAAGCACUAUCAAAAAUUAAAAUUUCAUUUUUACAAACUUCACGAGGAUUAUUUGAAAAUAAAUGAGAUUGCUGAAAUUCUGACUGUUUCUUUAGAAAAUUCUGUGCAAGGUCAACCCGUUCAUUUAGAUAUGAUUUUACAAGCUUGUUUGAAAAUAUUUCCUAAUAGAGUCAAUAGAAAUACACAUUCUAAUUCAGAGGUAUAUACUGACAACAAAAAUAUUCUAAAUAAUAUUUCACUAUUUCCUAAAUUAUUGGACUAUAAGAAAAUAAAACUCCAUUUAAAAUUUGGUGACAUUAAAAUUAAAUUACUAUUACUGCAAGCAUUACGUCAAAAGCUUACGUUAAAUCAACCGAAGCAACGAGAUGAUAUUAUUCAUGAAUAUACUAAUAAGGAUUUAUUAGAAUUACAAGAAAAUUCAACAACUUCUAUAAAUAUUAUGCAGCAAACAACUUCGCGAUUUUUAAAUACUUUAGCAUCAUUGAGUUGUGGUAGAAUUUACUUAUCCUCUAAUCCAAUAGCAUUAAACACUAUUAUUGUAUAUUUAGAUAAUUGUAGUAAUAUGGCGAAUGAUCCCAUUACCCUUGAUAUGCUUUUAGCUACUCUUCAAAAAAUGUCUUUACGAAAACAGGAGAGAAAUUAUAUGAUUGAAGUCAAUUUGGUUGAGUGGUUAAUCUAUCAUUUAAAUACUGAAAAUUUCAAAGUGAGAGCCUAUAGAUUAGAAUAUUCCUGUGCUUUAUUAAUGAAUCUUUCUCUGCAUAGCUCUGCACGGUCUAGAGCAUCAUUAAUUGCAUCAUUAUUAGUUUCAACAAUGAUAACCUUAUUAUCGACAGAUUGUGUAUCAAUAUUGCCAUAUAUAAACGGUGCAUUACAAAAUUUUUUAUUAAAUAAUGAAAUAAAUAAGGAGGCUAAAAAAUUACAUCUUACAGAAAUUUUGGAAUAUUAUUGUAUGGAAAGUGAUGAAGAAUUAAGAAGAAAUAUUUUACAUACUUUAAAAAUCCAUAAGAGGGAAUGUAAUGAAAGCUUAUCAGAUGACGACGAAUUUCCAGAUGAAGAUGAUGAUAUAUUUAAUGUUUUAGAAAAAGAACUAGAUGAAAAUGAUCCUCUUGAAGUUCCUGUAGGAGAAUUGCAGGGAGAAAAUUUAUUGGAUACAUGUUAUUCUAUUCCAACUUUUAUUUUACAGCCAAAAGAUCACUCUACUAAAAAGAUAUUAAACAUAUCUACUAAACCUAUAGUUAAUUAUUUAUCUAAACAGAGUAGGAAGGUAGAAUUAAAUGUCUCAAAGAUUAUUGAUCCAAGUAGAACUCAAUUCAAUGAUUGUAAAACAGAAACUACGAAAAACAGUACUACAGAAGAAUUUAAUUCUUUCAACAAGUCAAUGGGUAUUAGUAAAGGCGGAAUAAAAUUUCAAGACAAUGAAGAAGCUGUUUUUUUAGCAAAACCAAAAAUAAUGCGCACUCCUCCAUCUUCUGGCCGAAAGGAAAUAAAUUGAGAAAAUAAAUUAAAAAAUUUAACGUUAAAUUUCUUUUUCAUAAAUAAUAUAUGCACUCUUUGUCAAUUAAAAUAUUUUUAUUAACAAAAUCAAUACAAACACAACUGCCUAGAAAAUAUAGCUAGAUAGGCAUUAUAUUACGAAUACAUUUUAAUAAAUAUUCACAAAUUUAAGCACAGCAUGUAUCGAUAA